CUUCCGGUUUCGAUGUCGCAGUAGACUGUUCGCCCCUCAGUCGGUUUUAAGCUCAUUGUGGUUUCUCAGAACGCUUCAGUUUUCGCUCAGAAACCAUGGGGAUCGAGGAGGAAGCCGAGAGAACGCUCUUCAUCAGAAACUUGGACACAAGAGUGUCGGAGGAGCUUUUGUUCGAGUUGUUUUUACAGGCAGGACCUGUCAUCAGAACCAAGAUUCCGAAAGACCCGGAUGGGAAGCAAAAAACAUUCGGUUUCGUUAUUUAUAAACACGAAGAAUCCGUGCCUUACGCCAUGCAGCUACUCAACGGGUCGUCGCUGUUUGGGAAAAACAUCCACGUGCUGUUCCGACAAGGCAGCAGUCACAACAGCAGUCCAGCAAACUCAAACAAACCAAGUCCAGCAAAUACACCAGAUCCCCAUGGCCAGAGGACUUCGGCCCAGUUCAGCUCUCCGCAGUACACUCCUCCAGCCCAAAUGCAGACGCCCUUCUCAUCCUUUGACAAUAUGCAUAAGCAGAUCAUGAUGAGCAACAUGAUGUGGCAGGUUCACAUGCAGCAGCUGGAGCAGCUGAACGGCGGUGUUUCCAAGCCCGCCGGCGGCCGGACGGGCGCGAGACAACACGACAGCGCCCCCUAUCGGCACCACUCCUCUCCAAACAGCAGCCGAGGCCAGCGAUACGGUGGGGACGAGCCGGGCUCCGGCCGUCAGGGUCGGGACGGCUACCACCACCACCAUCACCACCACCACCACAGCGACCGGAGCGGCGGCCGUCACUAUGACAACAGAGGAGGCAACAGACAAUACGACGAGAGAGGGGGCAACCGUGGCUACCAAGAAAAAUGGCGACGAUACUGAGGGGUGUCGACCAUUUCUCUAAGGACUGAACAAUUUUCAGUGUCAGUUAUUUUAGCAAAAUUGUGGAUAUGCUCAGGUUUGGCGCACUGUCCUCUCAGUACAGAUUUAUUAAUUCAUGCCUUGGAGCCAUGUUUUGUUUACUUUUUAAUGUAUUUUUAAAGUUGUAUACAUCUUCCAUGUGAGUUUUUUCCUCACAGAUUGUGAAUUUUGUGAGGGACGACAAUAUAUUGUCAGCUGAGCAAGGACAAAAAUCUGAUAUUGUUGGUCAAUUUUGGGUGGAAUGCGAAAAAAAAAGGAUUUAAAGAAUUUGAAUACUUGUCUGUUUUUAUGCAAUUGUUUAAAGGUGCUGUCUAGAUUACACAAAAUUUUUCAGGUACUUUGCAAAGAAAGAACAAUGUUGAGCUCAAGAUGCCACCAGCAACUCUUUUACUACAACAGGGCACCAACCUUUCUUAUUGUUUGAUCUGUGGACCUUGCUCUUUUCCGAAAAUCAGCCUUUUUUUUUAAAAUGUGAUCUGUAAAAAACAAUUUUAAAAACUGAACAUUUUCACUAUGAUAAAGCUGCUGUCAUUGGA